CGGGCGGAACCCGCCGAGUGGCAGGGGCGCGGCGCGGGGAGCUCGCCUGCCCGUGCGCGGUGAGGCGCUGCGCGGCGGGGACGAGCUUCGGGCCCUGCGCCCGGCCAGCAAAUGAAGAAAUGCCAAAGCUUUGCCACCUUCUCACAGAUCUCUUGAUUUCUCUUGAGACAUUGGAUAUGAGGCAGAAGGUACAGAAAGAAAACUUGUAAAUGCCAAGCAGCUGCCGCAGCAUGGACCGUCCGGCCGGCCUGGCGGCCACGCCCAGAGCGCUGCCUUACUACGUGGCUUUCUCCCAGCUGCUGGGCCUGACUGUGGUGGCCAUGACGGGGGCUUGGCUCGGUCUGUACAGGGGCGGCAUCGCCUGGGAGGGCGCCCUGCAGUUUAACGUGCACCCGCUCUCCAUGGUCAUAGGCCUGAUCUUCCUGCAGGGAGACGCCUUGCUGGUUUACCGGGUCUUCAGGAACGAGACCAAACGCACAACCAAGGUCCUGCAUGGGCUGCUGCACGUCUUCGCGCUCAUCAUCGCCCUGGUGGGCGUGGUGGCGGUGUUCGACUACCACCGGAAGAAGGGCUACGCGGACCUGUACAGCCUGCACAGCUGGUGUGGCCUCCUCGUGUUGGUUCUCUACUUCGUGCAGUGGCUCGUGGGCUUGAGCUUCUUCCUGUUCCCCGGAGCUUCGUUUUCCCUGCGGAGCCGCUACCGCCCGCAGCACGUCUUCUUCGGCGCCGCCAUCUUCCUCCUGUCCGUGGGCACCGCCCUGCUGGGCCUGAAGGAGGCGCUGCUGUUCAAACUUGGGGCCAAGUACAGCACGUUUGAGGCUGAGGGUGUCCUGGCCAAUGUGCUGGGCUUGCUGCUGGUCGGCUUCGGGGUCACCGUGCUCUACAUCUUGACUCGCUCUGACUGGAAGCGGCCACCCCAGGCGGAGGAACAAGCCCUCUCCAUGGACUUCAAGACGCUGACAGAAGGCGACAGCCCUGGCUCCCAGUGAUGGCCUGUCCUCCUCCCGCACGGAGGGCCCGGCUGUGGCUGGCCGCCGCAGUUCGG